AUGAUAGAAAACAUAGUGCGACGUUGGAGGGUGCUGAGUGGGCAGGACAAUUGGAAAAACCUCUUGGACCCUCUUGACAUUGAUCUUCGUUGUUAUAUCAUUCACUAUGGCGAAAUGGCUCAGGCAACUUAUGACAUUUUCAAUACCGAGAAAACUUCAGAGUAUGUUGGAAGCGGCAGAUAUUCCAGGAAGAAUCUAUUUGCCAGAGUUGGUCUAGCAAUUGGCAACUCGUAUCAUUACACACCAACAAAGUAUCUGUAUUCAACAUCAAUUGUUGAUGUUCCAGAAGAAUUUCUGUUGGAACCAUUCUCAAAGGAAGCUUGGUGCAAGGAAUGGAAUUGGAUAGGAUAUGUAGUUGUGGCUACUGAUCAAGGAAAGGUUGCCUUGGGAAGAAGAGAUAUAUUGGUUGCUUGGAGAGGCACAAUUCAGGCACUGGAAUGGAUUGAAGAUUUUGAUUUUCCAUUGGUAUCGGCUUAUAAAAUACUUGGGAAAGCGAUAAUCCAUAAGCGAUAG